AUGGCUGUUAGUACCAGUGCAGUGGCGGGCAUCGUCUCGGGUAGAAACCCGUUGGAGUACUCGGCCCUGAGUCCCUACACUCUUUUCUUGUUCCAAGCCGUGUUGAUUAUUGUUGUGUGCCAUGUCAUCCACUACCCCUUGGGCAAGCUCCAGCAGCCACGGGUCAUCGCAGAGGUCAUCACCGGCAUCAUCUUGGGUCCCUCGGUCAUGGGCCAUGUGCCUGGAUUCACCAGCAACUGUUUUCCCCAGGCAUCCAUCUCUGGUCUCACCCUCUUUGCCAACAUCGGUAUCAUCUUAUUCUUGUUUAUUGUCGGUUUGGAGGUCGAUAUUGGCUUCAUCAAGAAAAACUUUAGGGUGGCCAUGUCAGUGGGUUUGAUCAACAUGGCCGUUCCUUUCGGCCUUGGAUGUGCCAUCUCGGUGGGUAUUUACAAUCAGUACCACGAUGCAUCCAAUGCGGCUGUCAGCUUCACCACCUACAUGACCUUCAUCGCCGUGGCCAUGUGCAUCACCGCCUUCCCCGUCUUGGCCCGUAUUUUGACCGAACUCAACUUGAUCGGUGACAGAGUCGGUGUGAUUGUUUUGGCUGCUGGUAUUGCAAACGAUUUGACCGGCUGGAUCUUGUUGGCUUUGGUUGUAGUUUUGGCUAACGCCUCAUCGGGUGUCAAAACCGUCUACAUCCUUUUGCUUACUGCUGGUUGGUUCCUUUUCUUGUGCUAUCCCGUCAGAAUUGCAAUGAAGUUCAUUAUUCGCAGGUUCACAAACGACUUGUCGACUGGCGAACCUUCCCAGUUAUCGAUGGUCGUGAUCUUGUUGACUGUUUUUGUUUCUGCUUUCUUCACCGAUAUCAUUGGAGUCCAUCCAAUUUUUGGUGCCUUCAUGGCUGGUGUUAUAGUCCCCAGAGAUAACGGCUAUGUCGUCAAAAUUACAGAAAAAUUGGAGGACCUUGUUCAUAUCGUGUUGAUUCCACUCUAUUUUGCCCUUGCUGGUUUGGCCGUAAACUUGGGUUUAUUGAACACUGGCAUUGAUUGGGGUUAUACCAUCGGUAUUUUGUGUCUUGCCAUGGUUGGUAAAGUUAGUGGUGGAUUCGUGGCUGCAAAAUUAAACGGUUUACUAUGGACAGAAUCUCUUGCUGUUGGUGUUCUCAUGUCUUGCAAAGGUAUCGUGGAAAUUGUGGUGUUGAAUGUUGGUUUGAACGCAAGAAUCAUUUCUCAGAAGGUUUAUUCCAUGUUCGUUGUCAUGGCUUUGGUUACAACAUUCUUAACAACACCUUUGGCAUUAUGGGUUUACCCCGUUUCCUACCGUGAAAAGAGAGACAAGUUCAUCAAAGGAGAAAUCAACUGGGAUGGCACUCACGUCACCGCUGAACAAUUGAGUGACGGUGAUUCAUAUCACUCUAGAUUGGUUGAUGAAAAUGGACCACAUAUUAUACCCUUGAGUGAAUAUGAAAUAAAAGAUUUGCCACAGUACAGACUAUCAAAGAUUGUCCUUCUAUUAAAAAAGAUUGAUACUAUCUCGUAUUUAAUGGCGUUCAUCAAGACGUUUAAUGAUCCUGUAUCAACCGAUAUCAAAGCAAUCCAUUUGAGAGAGUUUUCUUCCCGAACUUCCCAUCUUAUUGAAGCAUCAUCUUCAAGUGCAUAUGAGGAUGAAGAAAAAGUAGUGAAUGCAUCCAAUCAGUUCGAAUAUAAUAAUUCGUCCUCAAUUUUAUCGAUAGUGAAGUCCUUUGCAGACAUUCUUGGUAUGACCUGUACGUCUAGGUCUAUAUUAUCUACCUUCAAGAACCACAUAUUUUCUAUCAAUGAGCAGAUUGCGGCACCCACCGAAUUUUUGAUUACAACUAUCAAGUUAAACCAAUUAUCAAAUGAUUUCUAUGACUCCCUUCUUUACAAACAACUAUUCCAACAAAGUGAGUGUCAUUUUGGAUUGCUUUUAAUUAAUGACAGACCUUUGGAGGAUGCUGAUCAUGAAACUAAGAACAGUUCAGCAUAUACAGAAUCAAUCCAAGAAUUGCCUAGGGGAUUAAUAAGUUUCAAGACAAUUAGCCUUGUGUUCAAUAGUGACAAUGUAUUAAGUUCCAAUGACUUGUUAUCAUUGCAUUUGGUUUACCGAUUACUUGCCCGCCAGGGACAUUGUCAAGUUAAUGUGUUCGUCAAAAGCUCUCCUAGCGCUCACUCUGCGGGAUUCGAAAAAGAGAUUACGAGCUUUUUGACUUCUAAGAACUCCAAGUUGGUUGUUAAAGUACACAGUGUUACAGACAACUUGGAAGCUUCCAUAAAGAAGUACAGCCACAAUUUAGUAAACGAAUUGUUUAUUAUUGCUAACAAUUCUGUUACUCCAAAAUCCGAACUCAGGGUUUCAACUCCUACCAACGAGUCCUUGUUUGAAAACGACAUCAACCAAUUACUUAACUUGAGUGUCGCUGAAUCAUUCCACGUCUUAAUUGUUAAAGCUUCCUCGCAUUAA